GGCAGGCUCGCGACCAGUAUGGCCCCCACGCUGGAGGAGGCGUACCGGAGGCGCUGGUGGAUGGCGUGCACGGCCGUGCUGGAGAACCUCUUCUUUUCCGCGGUGCUCCUGGGCUGGAGCUCCCUGCUGAUCAUGCUCAAGAACGAGGGCUUCUAUUCCAGCAUGUGCUCAGCUGUGAACACCACCAACACCAGCCAGGAUGGGCAGCCCCAGUGGCUGAGCUGUAGCCAGCAGGAAGAGAUGCUCAACCUGGGCUUCACCAUCGGCUCCUUCGUGCUCAGCGCCACCACUCUGCCGCUGGGGAUCCUCAUGGACCGCUUCGGGCCCCGGCCCAUGCGGCUGAUUGGCAGCGCCUGCUUCGCUGCAUCCUGCACCCUCAUGGCCCUGGCCUCUUGGGACACCAAAGUUCUGUCUCCGUUGAUAUUCCUGGCGCUGUCCCUGAAUGGUUUUGGUGGCAUCUGCCUAACGUUCUCUUCACUCACGCUGCCCAACAUGUUUGGGAACCUGCGUUCCACUUUCAUGGCCCUCAUGAUCGGCUCCUAUGCCUCUUCUGCCAUCACGUACCCGGGAAUCAAGCUGAUCUAUGACGCCGGCGUGUCCUUCAUGACCAUCAUGUACACCUGGUCGAGCCUGGCCUGCCUCAUCUUUCUGAACUGUGCCUUCAACUGGCCGAGUGAAGCCUUUCCCUCGCCGGAGGAAGUCAACUACAAGGAGAAGAUCAAGCUCAGAGGGCUGGCCCUGGAUCACAAGGUGACAGGUGACCGCUUCUACACCUAUGUGACCACCGUGGGCCAGCGGCUGAGCCAGAAGGCCCCCAGCCUGGAGGAGGGAGCAGACAUCUUCAUCUCGUCCCAGGACGUUCGUGACACCUCAGAAAAGUCUGCUGAGAAGUCUGUGCCCUUGCGCAAGAGCCUCUGCUCCCCCAUUUUCCUGUGGAGCCUCCUCACCAUGGGCAUGACCCAGCUGCGGAUCAUCUUCUACAUGGCCGCUAUGAACAAGAUGCUGGAGUACAUCGUGACUGGGGGCCAGGAGCAUGAGACAGACGACCUGAAACAAAGGGUGACAGAGACAGUUGAGUUCUACUCGUCCGUCUUUGGGGCCAUGCAGCUGUUGUGCCUUCUCACCUGCCCUCUCAUUGGCUACAUCAUGGACUGGCGGAUCAAGGACUGCGUGGACACCCCCACUGCUAGGGACGGGGUGGCCACCAAGUCCGUCAGACCACGCUAUCGCAAGAUCCAGAAGCUCAGCAAUGCCAUCAACGCCUUCACCCUGACCAACCUUCUGCUCGUGGGUUUCGGCAUCACCUGCCUCAUCAACAACUUACACCUCCAGUUUUUGACCUUUGUCCUGCACACCAUGGUCCGAGGCUUCUACCACUCGGCCUGUGGAGGCCUCUACGCAGCAGUGUACCCGUCCAACCACUUUGGGACACUGACGGGCCUGCAGUCCCUCAUCAGUGCUGUGUUUGCCCUGCUCCAGCAGCCGCUUUUCAUGGCCAUGGUGGGACCCUUGAAAGGAGAGCCCUUCUGGGUGAAUCUGGGCCUCCUGCUGUUCUCACUGCUGGGAUUCCUGCUACCUUGCUACCUCUUCUACUAUCGCACCCGGCUCCAGAGGGAGUACAUCACCCACUGGGAGGGCCCCCUGAAGGUGCUUGGCAGCCCUGAGGUGACUGCCUAGGCCUCUGAGGGGCCUGGGUGACAGGCAGUAAAGGCCUGAGCAGCCAAAGGGAAUGCCUCGUGGCUUUUCUACCUGUAACCUCCGCACAGAGCCAGGCGCCGGGGAUCUAUAAAUACCAAGAGAAGUUCUAUUUUUGUAGGGACUUGUUAAAAAGGAAAAAAAAAAAAAAAUCCCCAAAGCAGUGCUCCAUUGACUGAAGAUGUCCCCCGUGCUAGGAUCGGACCUUCUUGCUCCUGGGAUUGGGGGAGACCAGGGUGCAGCCCUGCCCUUUCUCUGGGCCUAGGGGUCUGCCUUCUGCUGCUUCCUGGGGGCUUGUGGGAUCAGUGAACAGGCGACCCCUAAGAUCUCAGCUGUGCAGUGUCCAGAGUGUGCAGGCAUGUGUGUGUGCAUGUGGGUAUGAAACUCCCUGCCUCUCAGAGGAAAGGGGGCCUGAGGUGCUGGCUGUGUCCUGAAUGCUGCCGCAUGGGCGGUAAGCCCCUUCCCGAGGCUGGAGGGUGGGUUCCCUCCCUGAUGCUGCUGCUGCUUGCAGAUCUUAGAGGAAAUAAAAAGGGAAG